AUGAAAAUCUACACAAAUAAAAACAACACUUCUACAUUAAAGCUUCUAAUUGCGGCUAACUUAGCCGGUAAAAAGGUGGAACUUGUCGAUGCAUCGUUCGAAGAUGAUGUAUUCGCAGGGCCGCGCUCGCUUCCACUGCUGGAGGUGGAUGACAGUCUCAGCUUCUUCGCCAGCAACGCAGCUGCGCAGUACCUCUUCCCUAUAUUGGACUUGUCAGAGAAUGGACAGUGCCCACAGAUGCUAGAAUGGGAAGCCACUCGUCUGUACCCAGCAGUUAAUAUAGUGCUAACUUCAAAGUCAGUUCCAUCAGACGUAAAGCAAGUCUUGCAAGGACUGCUGCAGACUUUAAACGGCAUGCUCGAGAAGCAUCAAUAUUUACUAGGAGACAAGAUAUCAGCAGUGGACAUAGCUACUUGGAGUACAUUGUACCCCGUGUACUACAAUAAUGAUCUCAAGCAAAUAUAUAUGGCUGACUGCAGCCAUAUUGUGAGAUGGAUCAAGGAGUUAGCUGACGCUAAGGCUAUACAGGAAGCUGUUAAGCAGUGGGGCGGUUCUGCUGCAGGACCUUUUGGCGCACCCUCGGCGUUAGGUAUACCACAAGUAGCCAGUCUUGCGUCACCAGUUGGUACACCAGACCAGGAUGUCGAAGUCGGUCCAACACCGGAGGAAAUCGAAUCUGCAAAGGAUAAUUGGCUCAACGGCUUGAAGAAACUGCAGCCGCGACUCAUACAGGAGAAACUGGUGUUACCAGUUAAAGGACGGAAGAAUAUAUUGAUCACGUCAGCGCUACCUUACGUCAACAAUGUACCACAUUUGGGCAAUAUUAUAGGCUGUGUGCUUUCCGCGGACAUAUUCGCUCGGUACUGUCGGCUGUGUGACUACAACACCCUCUAUAUAAGCGGUACAGAUGAGUACGGAACCGCCACUGAAACUAAGGCUCUCGAAGAAGGCGUGACCCCUCGAGAGAUCUGCGACAAGUACUUCGAGUUGCAUAACAACGUGUAUCGCUGGUUCAAUAUCGGGUUCGAUUACUUUGGACGGACCAGUACACCGCAGCAGACACAGAUUGCACAGCGGUUGUUUUUGAAACUACGAGAGAACGGCUUCGUGACUUCACAGUCUGUAGACCAACUGCUGUGUCAGAACUGUGACAGAUUUCUAGCUGACAGGUUCGUGGAGGGCACGUGCCCCCACCCCGGCUGCGGGUAUGAGAGCGCGCGCGGGGACCAGUGCGACAAGUGCGGGAAGCUCAUCAACGCCGUGGACCUCAUCCAGCCCAAGUGUAAGGUGUGUGCUCACACCCCCAUCCUCCGGCCCAGCGAGCAGCUCUUCAUUGAAUUGGGACAGCUGGAACCUUCCGUCCGCACCUGGAUUAACGCCAACGAAAAAUCAUGGUCCCCUCCAGCCAGGGCUGUCGCUCGCGCCUGGCUCAAGGAACCUCUCAGAUCCAGGGCUGUCACCAGGGACCUCAAGUGGGGAGUCCCAGUGCCUUUAGAAGGCUACACUAAUAAGGUAUUCUACGUUUGGUUCGACGCACCGAUUGGGUACAUGAGCAUAACGGACAUCCUGACGAAUCAGUACGAGAAGUGGUGGAAAGCUGACAAGGAGUAUGACGUAAAUUUAUACCAAUUCAUGGCAAAAGACAACGUUCCGUUCCACGUGAUAAUGUUCCCGGCGACGUUGAUAGGCAUCAACGAGGGGCAUAUCCUCGUUAAACACAUUUACGCUACAGAAUACUUGAACUACGAGGACGGCAAGUUCUCCAAGUCCCGAGGGGUAGGAGUGUUCGGUUCUGAUGCACAAGAGACGGGUAUACCGUCAGAUGUCUGGCGGUUCUAUUUAGCCAGCAUCCGGCCUGAGACUUCAGAUUCUAGCUUUAGUUGGACUGAAUUAGGGACGAGAAACAACUCAGAGCUGUUAAAUAACCUUGGCAACUUCUGUCACCGAUCUCUAUCGUUCUGCGCCAACACGUUCAAAGGGAAGGUUCCAGAUUUGGUGCUCACGCAGGCUGAUUACGAGCUAAUCGCGUUGGUUAAUAGAGAAGUUAUUGCCUACGUUCAACACAUGGAGAAGGGUCGUCUCCGGGAAGCACUGCGGCAUGUGAUGAGCAUAUCACGAAUUGGCAACCAACACAUGCAGUCCACACAACCCUGGGUGUUGCUUAAAGGGUCCGAUGAUGAUAAGCAACUCGGUGCGACAGCCAUCGGUCUGUGUUGCCAGCUAGUGGCUCUUCUAUGUACGCUCCUGGCGCCAUACGUGCCUGAUACAAGUAGAAAGUUAAGGGAACAACUCAAAAUAGAUACAACAACCUUGAGGAUCAACCCGGAGAACCCCUCAUUCCUUCAGUACCUACCUUCAGGGCACGUCAUCGGCAAACCGGAGCCUCUGUUCGCCAAGAUCGAGCCAGAGCUGCUGGACAGUCUCCGCGCCAAGUACGCGGGCUCACAGAGCGACAGGACUGAGAGAGCUAACAAGCAAAAUGGCGUCGAUACUUCUUCUGCGGCUGGAGUUAAUGUAGCUGAGUUAGAGAAAGCUAUUACAGAACAGGGUAACAAGGUUCGAGAACUGAAAGCUUCGACAAAAGACAAGUCGGUGUGGCAGCCGGAGGUGCAGAAGCUGUUGGAUCUGAAGAAGCAGUUGGCUGCUGCGCAGGCCACUCCUCAGCCGGCAAAGUCUCCCUCGACGAAGAAAGCGGACCCUAAGGAGCGUCUAGCAGCACAACAACCCACACCAGGCUCUGGGGAGACCGUACAGGAGUUAGAAAAAGCGAUCGCUGAACAGGGUGAUAAAGUCCGCAAGCUGAAGGCGUCCACAAAAGACAAGUCGGUCUGGCAGCCCGAAGUGAGUGUACUCCUCGAUCUGAAGAAACGACUCGCAGGGCUACAGAUAAACAAAUAA